UGGGGCAGAUGGCGAUGAGUGUGAGUCAGCCCGCUGUGGCCCAAAUAAUAAAUAUUGGUCUGCCAACAAUCAGCUCCACCACCGUCGUCGUAAGCCCGUCAGCCGUCGACGUUUGUUUUCACAACAUGGUCCUCUCUCAAAAACAACGAGAAGAACUUAACCGAGCCAUAGCUGACUACCUUUUCACAAAUGGGUAUACAACAUCACUAGAAAUAUUCACAAAGGAAGUUGACAUUCCUGUAGAUAGUGAAAAGAAGUUCUCUGGGCUCUUGGAGAAAAAAUGGACCUCGGUGAUCAGGCUACAAAAAAAGGUGAUGGAGUUAGAAUCAAAAUUGGCAGAUCAAGAAAGAGAAUAUAUAUCAGGGGCCCCUACAAGAGAAAGGCGUUCCCCUUCUGAUUGGAUUCCUAGACCGCCGGAAAAAUUUAUGUUGCGCGGACACCGCGCACCCGUGAAUAGGGUGACUUUUCAUCCCAUAUACACCCUCCUUGCGUCCUGCUCAGAGGACAGCACAAUUAGAAUAUGGGAUUUCGAAACCGGCGAUCACGAAAGAACACUUAAAGGUCACAGCGAUUCGGUUCAGGAUCUUACUUUUGAUGGGAAUGGGAAACUUCUAGCUUCAUGCAGUGCAGAUAUGUCUAUAAAACUAUGGGAUAUGAAUGGAUAUGAGUGUAUAAAGACAUUAAGAGGACACGACCAUAACGUAUCCAGCUUAGCCUUUUUGGGAGGCGGAGACUUUAUAAUUUCCUCUUCGAGAGAUAAGACAAUGAAGAUGUGGGAGAUAUCCACUGGCUACUGUGUAAGAACGUUUAUUGGCCACAGAGAAUGGAUUAGAAUGGUUAAACCAAAUUUAGACGGAAGCAUCCUUGCUUCGUGCUCCAACGAUCAAACAAUUAGAAUUUGGGCGACGGGAACGAGGGAAUGUCGAGGAGAGUUGAGAGAUCAUGAUCAUGUCGUCGAGUGCAUAGCUUGGGCGCCUGAAUCUGCUACGGUGCCAAUAUGUGAAGGGGCAGAUAAUAAAAAAUCCAGUGGCCCCUUUCUAGCAUCCGGUAGUCGAGAUAAGACCAUUAGAAUUUGGGACAUUGGUACAAAUUCUUGUGUCACCAUUCUCGUCGGGCAUGAUAACUGGAUCCGGGGUUUAGUUUUCCAUCCCGGUGGGAAAUAUCUACUAUCUUCUAGUGACGACAAAACAUUACGAGUAUGGGACCUGGCUAACAAGAGAUGUUUGAAAGUACUAGAAGCACAUUCUCAUUUCUGCACGUCGCUGGAUUUUCACCCUACACAGCCAUUCGUUGUGACGGGAAGUGUUGACCAAACUGUAAAAGUCUGGGAGUGUCGUUGAUAUUUAAUAUUUUGCAUUUAAGUGUGUUGAUUCUGUAAAAAUUAUAUUAAAGUAAUUUAUGCCUUAUAUUAUAACUUGAGUUUUAAAAGAUUUUAAUACAAUACGCUAAUGUGCAUAACAAAGUUCCAUUUGCCUUUAACCAAA